AUGAUACGUUUCACCUUCAAAACGUCGAUCGCGAACUGCAACGCAGACAUCGACGAGAAGUCCUGGUACGAGAUCAAAUUGGCGAUGUUUCUAAGGGUGAAAAUCUCGCCCGGAACACAGCCCAGCGCAGUGCACUCGUUCACACGCGAGUCGGAGCAGCCAACCCACAACGUGUGUGGCGACUGGCCCAAUCCGGAUUUUUCUAAAACCCUGGGAGUUGUGGCUUGGAGACGGUCAAUGGCAGUCCGAUUGGCCUUCAAAACGUCGUGCACAGUGCUAUCUCUGUUGAGCUGGAAAGGAGACGAGUUCGGGUCGGAGAUCACAGACGAAGUCGAGACAGAAGAACCCAUUGCUGAAGGAAGCUCCUCCUCGAUCUCAAACUCCUGCACGACAUUAAGAAAGACCGUCCAGGCACGACUCUCACCGGUGACGCAGAAAGAACUGAAUUUGCAGUCAACCAAGGUGCUGGCAGCUUUGGGCCAGCUCCCUCAGUAUACCAACGCCAACUCCGUCGCUCUUUACAUGUCGAUGGAUUCUUGCGAGGUGAAAACCGACCUGCUCAUCAGAGACGCCCUACAGCGCGGUAAAAAAGUGUACCUGCCCCGAAUUACCGAAUUGGCUCGGUUCGACGACUUUAAGAGACAUGCUAAUCAAAAAUCGUGUCUGCAUUUCCUACAGGUGCAUAGUGCCGACCUCGACAAAAUGGUGCCUCGCGGAAAGUACCAGCUGCGCGAGCCGGACUUCCACGUGUCGGGGGACGUCGUGACCAACGACCUGCUGUUAUCAGGCACCAAACUCGAUCUCAUGAUCCUGCCCGGGGUCGCGUUCACAAGUUCCUGCGACAGACUCGGGCAUGGAGCAGGGUUCUAUGACGACUUCAUCAAACGGUAUGUGGAAAAACACAGCAACAAACCAUAUCUUUUGGGCAUAGGACUCAAAGAGCAGUUGGAGCCUUCGCUGCCUCUAGAGAGUCACGACGAAAAGCUGGACUGCGUCAUCCUCGGCAACGGCCAAAUCUUUCAUAAGUAG